GAGAUGGGGGAGGGAAUAGGGUGCAGAAUGGAGGGAGGUAGGAGGAGGGAGUAGAGAACAGGAUGGAGGGAGGUAGGCGGAGGGAGUAGAGAGCAGGACAGAGAAAGUAUGCUGCAGCCUGGAACAAUCACUUACAAAUAGAAAGAUUACUAAGACUUUAACUGGGAGGCGCAAUAAGAAUUUUCAUUAACAGAAUUUACAAUGGGGAGGGAGCAGAACGCACUGCUAUUUUGCACACAAAUGUCCUAAGAUGGACACCGUUUGGUUACCUGCAGAGCACGUUAGUGAAGAAGAGGGCUGCGUGUACAUGGUGUGGAAUAUGUUCAGUUUCCCACUGCUCUCUCAGCUGUACGGAGCCUCCAGGUAGCCGGGAUUUGCCUUACAAGCAGACACUACUGGAAUUGGUGAGCUUUGGGCUGAAAUCUGGAGAGUGUGGAAUUUUGUAGGAACUCACAGACAACAAAGGGUUUCUGGAGGGUUAAACUUGUCUAGCGUUCUUUUUUCUGUUUGGAUAAUGGUGAGACCAUGUAACAGGUUGCUGGCAGUCGCCAAACCCCAUGGGAGGUGAAGAGGAAUAAUAACUGGUGCAUGGUAAUCCCUGGGUGCCUUAGAAACAUCUGCUGCUGAGCCAGGUGACAUAAUCCCUAGGCCAGUGCCAUGCCGUUUUGGUACAGUGCAACCCGCCACUGAUUUCCUUCUUUCCAAAGGCACUAGACAUGAGGGUGACUGGGGAUGACAUGGAUGGCUUUGAAGGAGAAGCAUCUAGCACAUCUAUGGUGUCAGGGGCAAGCAGCCCAUACCAACCCACCACUGAACCAGUGAUGCACGGUCGGGGCCUCCGGGGUAUACGCUGCGACUUGGCUUAUAUUCGCUCUCUCUUCGGGAUCCUGAAAUGCAUUCAAGUGGUCUUGUCCCUCUUUGCAUUCAUCAGCAUUGAAACAAUCAUGGAGUGUUCGCCUUGUGAGGGCCUCUACUUCUUUGAGUUUGUCAGCUGCAGCGCAUUUGUGGUCACUGGGGUUCUUUUACUCCUGUUCAGCCUUAAUCUCCACACCCGGAUCCCUCACAUCAACUGGACCAUGACUGACCUGGGGAACACAGUAAUAAGUGCUUUAUUUUUCUUCAUUGCUUCUGUGAUUCUGGCUUCUCUGAACCACAAAUCUGGGGCAGAAAUUUCUGCAGCGGUAUUUGGCUUCCUCGCUACCCUUUCUUACAUGGUGAAUGCAGUCCUGGCACUUAGAAAAUGGAAAGACGGUAACAGAUCACAGAACAUCCAUCAGACAAGUGAUUACAUACGAGCUCGCAGCGAAUCCCGUGAUGUAGACUGCCGCCCUGAAAUACAGCGCCUAGAUGCCUGAUAGGACUCUGCACACUUUAUUUCAACUGACUGGCCUUCUGUCCAGCUGGUCCUGUUUUUUACUAAGGGUCAGACAACCAGAGGAUUUAACCCUGGGCAGAAAGUUCAGUGGUUUAAAAGGAAGAGCAUUGCUUCAUGAACUGUUAUGACAUUUACUGGAGACAGGAAGGUUUGCUUGGUAUUUUGACUUUAGGAAAGUACAACUGGGUACAAUUUUCUUUAUAUCUCACCCUGGGCAGUCCAAAAAGAUUUUUGUGAGAUAUAUAUAUAUAUAGGAACAAUUUCAUAAUCUAUCAUUGACACAAGUGGAUUUCAACAUUCCCAAAACGAUGUUUUGUGGAAGUUAUUUAUUGAUCGGUGCAAUUAUUUGCAACAAGGACAUUUUUGUAAGGAUUGUAAUAGUUCUCUAUGGGUCCACUUUGGUACGGAAUCUGAGAAAAGCUGCAUUGUUUGAUUAUUUUAAGGCCAAUUACAGAGCCAAGUACAUUUUUGUUUCUAGGGUUGUUCACUUGCAGAAGGUUGCUGUAUGUACGUUAUCUAUGAGCAAGCAAAUUUGCCACCAGGUGUCACAACAUUGUCUUGAGUUUGUGAUUGUAUCUGCUCUUUCACUCAUUGGUGAGACAUAGGAUUGUCAAGGCCAACUUUGUGCAGAUAGAGUGAAUAUAAAUAACUAGAGGUAAAGACUGUGAGUAUGGGUACGGGGAUGUACAGCAAACAUGUGCAAGUAAUGUAGGCCACGUUACAUACAUUCAGUUAUUGGACAUUUACUUAAAACAUAAUUCCCAAUCUAUAUUACAUCACAAUGGGGCAGAUUUAUCAAGGGUCGAAUUGAAAAUUCGAAUUUUCAAAAAAUGUUUAUGGUCAAAACUGUCAAAUUCGACUAGCGAGUUAUUCAAAUUCGAUUCGAGUUUUUUUUAAAAACUUCGUUUUUUGAGAUUUAUUAUACUCUGGGCCUAUAAGAACUUAAAUUAGUCUAUUCGCCACCGAAUUGCUGUUUAAGUCAAUGGGAGAGGUGCAGGGAUCAAUUUGGAGUUGUUUGCAGCCUUCAUGACAUUCAGGUUUUUUUCGGAGAAAAAACUCGAAUAGAGUUUUUAAAAAUCCAAUUCGAUUUGAGUUUUCGGUCGAUUUAAUUCAUCCGAGUUUUAAAAUAUUCAAUUUUUUUUAAUACAUUUCGAAUUUAUGGGAGUUUUUAAAAACUCACAUAGAAUUGACAAAUGUGCCUCGAAAUGUUAAAAUCAUAAUGGCAACUUAAUGUUAAAUGUAAAUAGAUACACUAAUUUAAGUUACACUUAAUUAGGUAAUUAGGGUGCAUAUUUGCAUCUAUAGAUAUGAGCAGCUACAUUGCUUCUUCUGGCAGGGACAUUCUUCAUAGACUGCAAUAACAGCAGCAAUUUACUGUUUUGAAUUGAAGAUGCCUUAGUCGAGGAAAGCUAUAUACAGGUAUGGGACAUGUUAUCCGGAAUGCUCGGGACCUGUAGUUUACCGGAAAACAGAUCUUUCUGCAAUUUGGAUCAUCCUGCCUGAAGUCUACUAGAAAAUCAUGUAAACAUUAAGU